GUCGCGACACUGGAUCGCUGGGCGGCCGGCGACGCUACCGACGGCGGGACGCUGAGGCACCGAGCAAGCCUCAUGGUUAACUACCGGCAUUGAAAAGAUCCCGGAAGUACAGCACACGCUGACACUACGAUGGCCAUUAGGGGUUUCUGUGCUACCCUUGUCCAAAUUCUCCUCUGCUUCACGCUCUGUCAGCAAUGCUACGGCACAGUAAGUGACAUCCAAUGCCUGAAGAGGCUGAAGGCAUCAGUUGAUCCCAAUAACAAGCUGCAUUGGACAUUUGAGAACAACACGGAGGGAUCCAUAUGCACUUUCAGCGGGGUGGAGUGCUGGCAUCCUAACGAGAACAGGAUUCUUUCGCUUCGACUUGGUGGCAUGGAUCUCAAGGGCCAAUUCCCCGACGGGCUCGAGAACUGCAGUAGCAUGACCUCGCUGGAUCUGUCAAGCAACAGCCUCUCCGGGCCAAUCCCAGCUGACAUCUCAAAACGGCUUGCAUACGUCACAAACCUUGAUCUUUCCUAUAAUAGCUUCUCAGGGGAGAUUCCGGAGUCGCUAGCUAACUGCACCUAUCUCAAUACGGUCAAUUUGCAAAAUAACAAGCUCACUGGAACCAUCCCGGGGCAGCUUGGUGGUCUUUCUCGCCUAACCGACUUUAAUGUUGCUGGCAACAAGUUAUCAGGCCAGAUCCCUUCAUCCUUCAGCAAAUUUGCAGCUUCCAAUUUUGCAAAUCAAGAACUCUGUGGGAAACCUCUGAGUGGUGAUUGCACUGCCAAUUCAAACAGUCGUACAGGAGUGAUUGCUGGUUCUGCUGUUGCUGGCGCAGUUAUCACUUUAAUAGUUGUUGGUGUUAUUUUAUUCAUUUUCUUGCGGAAAAUGCCUGCUAAGAAGAAGGAAAAGGACGUGGAAGGAAAUAAGUGGGCGAAGACUAUUAAGGGAGAAAAAGGAGUCAAGGUAUCAAUGUUUGAGAAAUCAGUUUCAAAGAUGAAACUGAAUGAUCUGAUGAAGGCAACAGGUGAUUUUACUAAGGAGAAUAUUAUUGCAACUGGUCAUUCAGGAGCUAUGUACAAAGCUACACUUCCUGAUGGUUCCUUCCUUGCUAUCAAGAGGUUGCAAGAUACUCAGCAUUCAGAGAGCCAAUUCACAUCCGAGAUGUCAACAUUGGGAAGCGCAAGGCAGCGAAACUUAGUUCCUCUAUUGGGUUACUGCAUUGCUAAGAAAGAGAGGCUCUUGGUGUACAAGUACAUGCCGAAAGGUUCGCUCUAUGAUCAACUACACCAUGAAACCAGUGAUAAAAAGUCUCUGGAAUGGCCAGUGAGGCUAAAAAUCGCCAUCGGGGCUGGUAGAGGGUUGGCGUGGCUUCAUCACACUUGCAACCCCCGCAUUCUUCACCGCAAUAUUAGCUCUAAGUGUAUACUACUUGAUGAUGACUAUGAGCCUAAGAUUUCAGACUUUGGGCUGGCAAGGCUUAUGAAUCCUAUCGACACCCACCUGAGCACAUUCGUCAAUGGUGAGUUUGGUGACGUAGGGUAUGUAGCUCCUGAAUACUCCCACACCCUUGUCGCCACUCCAAAGGGGGAUGUUUAUAGUUUUGGUGUUGUCUUGCUUGAACUAGUCACCGGUGAAGAGCCCACGCACGUGUCAAAUGCCCCAGAAAACUUCAGAGGCAGUCUGGUGGACUGGAUAACAUACCUAUCAAACAACUCUAUACUUCAAGAUGCGGUCGAUAAGUCCUUGAUCGGAAAGAACAAUGAUGCCGAGCUGCUUCAAGUUAUGAAGGUUGCCUGUUCUUGCGUGCUUUCCGCUCCGAAGGAGAGACCUACAAUGUUUGAAGUGUACCAGCUUCUGAGGGCUGUUGGAGAGAAAUACCACUUUAGUGCCGCGGACGAUGAGUUGACGCUGCGACCACGGGAUGCAGAUUCUGAAAGGCCGGAUGAGCUUAUUGUAGCAAGAUAGACAAAGCUUAAAUUGGUGACCUUGCGUUUACUGGAUCUUGGGAAUGAUCAGGUUGAUAUGACGGUAAUCUACUAUUUGGCCUCCUUCCCUAGCUCGCAGAUUAGCUCCUGGAUAUGCCAUUUGGGUGAAUGAUCUGUAUGAAGCUGUCAUGUUUAUUUUCUUUACAUCCUCAGCUUGUUGUAUCUUUAGGAUGUAUGUACUGGUUCUGUGAGAUUGAUCUACUGUGUCACCACUUAACUUUUUUAGAUGUAGAAAGUCCAUAGUGUCUGUAAUGCUAAACUCUAGAGUUAUUGGUUGUCUACUGUCGUGUUGUGCUAUCGUUUGACUUUUAAUGGCACCUUUUUUUUUCUCCUUGAUGGGGUAUGUAUAUUUCUGGUACAGUACAUAAUUUUUGUAAUGUUGGAUAA